CACGGGGGCGGAGCUUGGAAAGUGACACCGCCCACUCGGUUCCCCAAACGCGGAGCUCGCUUGUCAGCCUCGGAAACUACAAUUCCCAGGAAGCCGCACGGCAGCGGCGUCGGCAAAGGCUGCGCAAACGUCAACGGCGGCUGGCGCGUUGGGGGCGUGUCCUGCGUGCCGAUAGGUCGAGAGCUGGCACUGUUGUGGAGCCCGCGGAAAACGCGCGGGGAGACCUUUCCUUGCAGACUUCGCUACUACGGCUGGUGGCGGCGGCCGAGGCGGCAUGGAUCUCAGCGAGCUGGAAAGAGACAAUACGGGCCGCUGUCGCCUGAGUUCGCCUGUGCCUCCUGUGUGCCUCAAAGAGCCCUGCGUCCUGGGCGUCGAUGAAGCGGGCCGGGGCCCGGUGCUGGGCCCCAUGGUCUAUGCUAUCUGCUAUUGUCCCCUGUCCCGCCUGGAGGAUCUGGAGGCCCUGAAAGUGGCAGACUCAAAGACCCUGUCGGAGAGCGAGCGGGACAGGCUUUUUGCGAAAAUGAAGGAGGACGGGGACUUUGUGGGCUGGGCACUGGACGUGCUGUCUCCAAACCUCAUCUCUACCAGCAUGCUUGGGCGGGUGAAAUACAACCUGAACGCCCUCUCUCAUGAUACAGCCACUGGGCUAGUGCAGUUUGCGUUGGACCAGGGUGUGAACGUGGCGCAGGUGUUUGUGGACACCGUGGGGCUCCCAGAGACAUACCAGGAACGAUUGCAGCAGCGUUUCCCUGGCAUUGAGGUGACAGUCAAGGCCAAGGCAGAUGCUCUCUACCCUGUGGUCAGUGCUGCCAGUAUCUGUGCCAAGGUGGCCCGAGACCAGGCUGUGAAGAACUGGAAGUUUGUGGAGAAACUGCAGGACCUGGACACUGAUUAUGGCUCGGGCUACCCUAAUGAUCCCAAGACGAAAGCCUGGUUGAGGAACCAUGUGGACCCUGUGUUCGGCUUCCCCCAGUUUGUCCGCUUCAGCUGGCGCACAGCCCAGAGCAUCCUGGAGAGUGAGGCGGAAGACGUGAAGUGGGAGGACUCGGAGACUGGGCAUCCGGAGGGACCUGGGAAGAUCAAGUCCUACUUCAGUGAAAGCCCCCAAACCUGCCCCCGCCUCCCCCAUCGGUACUUCCAGGAGCGGGGCCUGGAGUCAGCCACUGUCCUCUAGGAUCCAGCCUGGACCCCGUUUACCUGCUCCCCAACACCCAUCCCCCCUCAGUUCGUGAUUAAAAUUCUUGAAGGAAA